AUGGGUGAAGACCCCAAGCAAGGAGAGACACCACAACUGUUCAGCAGACAAUUGGCCAAAGGAUCGACUUCACUUGUCUCUUUGACGAUUUGUAGUGCGUUGCUAAGAUUGGCAAGACGGACUGACAAUGCCGACUAUGCUGCCGGCGAAACGUCUGAGAAUGUACCUCGGAAACAGCGUCAGCAUGAAUGUUCCAGUAAAGCCAAUCUACAGCUGGUCGUCGUCUUGUGGUGGAACCGAGCUUCGAAUCUCUUCACGCAACACUUCCACUCGAAAUGCAACCGCCUUCUUUUCUCCACAAAUUUGAGCCGGAUUUCUCGAUUCAGUCUGCUCCGCUUUUUCCGCUAUCGCCAUCGUCUCAUCUCCACCCCAAACGGAUGUCGAAUCGUGAAUGUACGCUUACAGGGUCAACCCUACCCAUCUAAACUAUCCUUGCCAUGCUGCCAAAUAGCAAAACUGACGACUCGUGCAACCGGCACUCUCCUCUACUCCUCCCGCAUUGAUUGGACCCGAAUAGGACCGGAUCACAAGCAUCACUUGCGUAAACACACCGAGUCAAGCGGACACACGUACACGCCGACGCACAGGGCUGAGGACAGACGGACAGAUGUGCAUGCACGCAAACUGUUGUCAGGACGUGGUCCAGACACCGAGAGACGACAGGGGGCCUGGGGCGAUGGAUUCGGCAAACGCACGUUUCUCAGUCUCGAGCACAACUGCUUCUGGUCCGCGUCCACACACGAUGAACAUCCCAAUCGGCAUCGUCAUGCUGCAUUCGCCGAUCGCAUCUCCUCUCUAUCACACCUUCUAACUGGAGUUGCUCAUAAUAAAGAUGGCGGUUUUGGUAGAGAACGAGUCAGAAGGAAGGGUAUGCAAAGUAUAAAAAUGGUGCAGGACAAGCGGAAAGACACCUUCGCGACCCUUCGCCGCAAAGUUCGUCGCGGGAUGGAAGUCACUUGUCCUCUUUGA